AUGGCCCAUACCCGAAGUCCUCAAAGUCCUCAUAAUCCCGUUCCAGCCGUCGGCCUUGCAGGAUGUAUCAUGUUCACGAAAGGUUUCAGCAAUACCCAACGUCCUCAAUGUCCUGAUGAUCCCGCUUCAGCCGUCGGUCUCGCAGGAUGUACCGUGUUCACUAAAGGUUUUACCAGUACCAGCAUAACCAAGAAUGUCGAGCAUCUACUCAAGGGCAAUUCUAUCAAUAACGGUUAUCUGAUUGCGAAUGCAGUCUUUAACGGUCUUUUGACUGCAUUGACCGCCGGGCGAAUCUACAUGAUCAGCCACGAAGCACGUAAGUAUCUCGAUGCCAAGCUUCACUCGACGUAUCGAACCGUCGUAGCUAUCAUAAUCGAAUCAGGAUUGCUCUACCCAGUCGCUCUUAUCAUCUAUAUCGUGAUCCUAUUAAAGUUCGACCCCGAUAAUCAGAGUUUGCUUCCCGUUGAUCUCAGUCCAUUGUUUAUGCAAGCUGCUGGAAUCGCACCGACAUUGAUCAUCGUUCGGGCGCUACAAGGGAAGACAACCGAUAGCGUAGAUCAAGUCGUUUCUGCAAACAAUCACAGAACGAAUAAUGAACCAAUUAUGUCUACGAAGAGUGGGAUUCGAUUUUUUGGUGCGGGGGCAAGGGCAGGGGGAGGAGGAGGAGGAGCAACAACAAUCGGCACUAUUACGACUGACCUGGGAGACCUCUCCGAUGAAUUUAACCAUACGGUUGACUUGCCGAAUGAGAAUCACUCAAGCUCUGGGGGGAGCCUUUCGGGUGACCUCGAGAAAGGGGGGCAGCAGAAGAAGGGGGUUUUGGUUACUCCAGCUGAGGUGUAA